GUUUCUUUGACAGUGGAUGCGUUUUUAUCGUGUUCGUGUCUGUGCGAUACGGUGUGCUUUGUUGUGUCUUAUGAAGAGCGGUAUUUUUAACUAACUACUGUAUUUCUGCAUCGUUUUCUAUCACAUUUUUCCCAUAAUUGAUAAAUUUUCUACAGCGAAAACACCUCCUGUGUUGAAUUCAGACGGGUUGCAAGCGACGAACUAGGUGAGGCACAUACAAGCUGUUUUUGCGACACAUUUAAUUGAGUUUGUCUGUUUUAUUGUUGAGCUGUCUUGACGUUGACUCUUGUACUUUUUUGUGUAUCUUGGAUGUCUAUUGUUGUUGUAAUCUUAUUUUUUAGAAGAGGGUAUCUGGCGAAGUUCGACAGGCAGCCAUAUGAAUAUCAAAGGGUAGCUGUGGGGAUUCGGCUCUUCUAUAGUCGUGAACGCUCACCUCCCCGUAUGCUACCUGCUAUCCUAUCUUAUCUAUCUUAGAGAGGUGAACUCCUAUCUUAUCGCAAAGAGGUGUAGGCGGAUGGGUCUAGAUCCGGAACGCGUCAUUUCUGUGGCAUUGGCGCGCCACAUCCUUCCUUGCACCGCAGAAACCCAUUUAGGGGGUAAAUCCAGAUCCACGUCUUCCCGCGCGCGGCAAGCCCGGGGGAGCCUCAUCUUGAUCUGGGUGCGUUGACGUUUAGUCGAAUUAGACCUUCUGGUCACUUGCCAGUGGUACUAAGGAGAUUGCGCGUUUGAUUUCGUGUGCAUAAAGAAGGGGACUAUGGAAAUAAGUGUAAAGAAAGGGACGACUUGGGUGUUAUAGUGGGAUUAUGCAAUACGAAGGGACUACUGCACGUACGGGUAGUAGCGAGGGGUUAACUGCGCACAGGUUAUUGCCGGUGAUUUAACUUGUAGGCUCGUGGCAGCUGUUUGUUUGUGAUGUCAAGAGUUGGCUUGAGGCGUAAUGGUCUGCUGCCAUGAUAGACAAAGGUCUGCGUUCGAUAUUAGAUCCGAUGUUCAGG